AUGCGACUAUCACCUUCGCCGCUACAGCCUUGUUGGCAUUUGUCUCUCGCAUUACUGAUCACCAUUAGCGUCCCGGGAGUCCAUGCAGAUGCGCCGAUAUUGUACGAUUACCCUGGCUACAAUGCCGCGCAGUACGGCCAAGCACCCAGCCAGACCUUCAAAUCCUCAGACAUCAUCGCGCCACGCCUCCAAGUCAACACAUGGGAGCGCGAGCUCGUCGACACAUCCCCAUACAUCUUUCUCGGCCUGUGGAGCCCGCUAGGGGGCAACGCCGGCCCGUAUAUAUACUCGGCCCAAGACCUCAGCCUGGUAUACGCCGAGCAGCGGUGGCCGAGCGCGCACAACACCCAGAUCCAGAAGUACAAGGGAGAGGACUUUGUCGUGUUUUACCAGGGAGAGCAGCGGGACGGCCACUCAUCCGGGACAUGCCUGUUUUACGACUCGGCAUACCAGGUGCGCCACACCGUCGAGGCUGUCGACUUUCCCGCCAGUAGUGUCGACAUGCACGAGUGCCAGGUCACGGAUAGCGGCACGGUGCUGAUCUCGAUAUACGAGACGCUGGAGUGGGAUACAUCGCCCGCGGGUGGCAUGACGAUCGAGCAAGGUGGCAAGCUGCUGGACAGCUUGUUCCAGGAGGUUGAUAUCGAGACAGGAGAGCUGGUGUUCCAGUGGCGUGCAUCAGACUGGUACCCCCUGACGGACUCGUUCUUCACGUGGGAUUUCAACAAGACGGAGGGUUGGGAUUUUUCCAUCUCAACAACAACCGACGGCCACUACCUUGUCUCGGCCCGCCACACCCAUACGGUGUCUUAUGUCAACGGCACCUCUGGGGAGCCCAUCUGGACGCUCGGCGGCAAGCGCAACAGCUUUCAGGAUCUCUCGGACGGGCAGGCCACAAACUUUGCCUGGAACCACCACGCGCGCUUCCGCGGCGACCCCCUCGAGGGCACACAGCAGCUGACCCUUUUCGACAACCACAACCUCGACACGGCCGUCGAAGGGCCUGGGUGCAACAACAACGCGAACGGCACGGCGACCACGACGUCCUGCUCGCGUGGCAAACAUCUCGAGCUGGACUACGAGCGCAUGACGGCAAGGCUCGUCCGGGACUAUCUGCACCCGGCAAACCUCGUUUCCGGCGCCAUGGGGGGAUACUCGGUCGUGCCCAACGGCAACGUGCUCAUCGGGUGGGGGCUGAACCCGACCUUUACCGAGCACACCCCCGAUGGCAAGUGCGUGCUGGACGUGCAGUACAACAUCUGGGAUCCCCAAGGCGAAGGGAGGGGCCACUACCGCGCGUUCAAGUCAGACUGGGUCGGGCGGCCGACGUGGCCACCGAGCCUGGCGUGGGAGGGUGCCGGGCCUGAGUCGUCGUCGUCGUCGAGGGUGUUCUUGAGCUGGAACGGGGCGACCGAGGUUGCUUCGUGGCAGAUUAUUGCGGGCAAUUCCACCAGCACCCUCGAUAUCCCAUCCAAGCGCUUCCCGCGCGCGGGCUUCGAGACGACCGUCACCAUCAGCGCGGGCGUGAGGUACGGCCAGGCCGUGGCACUGGACAAGGAAGGCGCCGCCCUGGGCUGGACGUCUGUCAUCGACCUCGAAACCGGAGAGGUUGUGCCGGAGCCGCAAGUCCAGCUUUGA